AUGGCUCCGGAUAAACCGAUAAGGGUCAGAAACAGACUCAGAAGAAAGGAGCUGUUUGCCAAAUACAAAGAUGAAAGGAACAAGAGACGCCACGAAGAGAGAGCAGAGAGAACCAAAGAAGAACGUGAAAAUCCAGAACUGAAAGCUAAGAGAUUGGCAGAAAAUGUUCCAAACACAAUUGAAUCGAUGAGGGUCUUUGACGAAACCGUCAAUGCAGAGUUGGAAGGAACUGAUGAAUUUAGUGAGUAUUUUGAAAACACUGAUAAAGACCCAAAAGUUUUAGUCACCACCAGUGAAAAUCCAAAGAAAAAUGGAUUGAUAUUUGCCAAGAUGCUUCAAGAUUUUCUUCCCGGAAGCGUGUUUGUGGAGAGGAAGGAGAAGUAUACAAUGAAAGAUAUGGCAAGCUAUUGUUCCAACAGACAGUUUUCGGAUUUAAUUGUUGUUAAUGAGGAUAAGAAUAAAGUUACUGGUAUUACAUUCAUCCAUUUACCAACUGGGCCCACGUUUUAUUUCUCUGUCACCAACAUUAUCGAAUCUAAAAAGAUUGCCGGCCAUGGUAACCCAACUUCUCAUAUUCCAGAACUAAUUUUAAACAAUUUCAGCACCCGCCUGGGUCAGACGGUUGGACGUUUAUUCCAAUCAUUGUUUCCCCAUAGACCCCAAUUUCAAGGUCGACAGGUGGUCACCUUACACAACCAAAGAGAUUUUAUCUUCUUCAGAAGACACAGAUAUAAGUUCAAGAAUGAAAAAAGGGUAGGAUUACAGGAAUUGGGCCCCCAAUUCACUAUGAAACUGAGGCGGGUGCAGAAGGGAAUUAGAGAAGAAAUAGAUUGGGAGCAUAAGCCAUCUAUGGAUAGAGACAAGAAGAAGUUUUACCUAUAA